GAUUUGUUAUCACAUUCCAAAAUCAUGACAUAUUCACAAAAGGUACCUAUACUAGGUUCUUUUCGUCACAGUUUCAAGGAGAGAAAAGAGAGAGUUUCAUCAAUAAAAGGUUAUUCACAAAUAGAGAUCCCACUAUUGGAAUCUGACGAUGAGAAUUUCUUUACAGGAAAAGGAGGGAAAAUGCUAUGGCUCGAUUGGAAGAAAAUGAAGCGCGUGGGUGUGAGAGUGUGGGGUAUGGGUCAUUCUGAUCCGAGGGAAGUUAUUUUUGCUGUUAAAAUGGGUGUUGCUCUUUUUAUUAUUUCGUUGUUGAGUUUUCUUAAACAACCGUUUCAAGAUGUUGAGAAAUAUUCUCUUUGGGCUAUUCUUACCGUUGUUCUCAUCUUCGAAUUCAACAUAGGAGCAACACUAAGCAGAAGUCUAAACAGAGGAAUAGGAACUUUAUCAGCUGGAGGACUUGCUUUGGCAUUAGCAAUGCUACCAAAAUUAGCUGGACAAUGGGAAAAAAUUGUAAUGAUGGUCAGCAUCUUCAUUGUAGGAUUUUGUGCGACGUAUGUAAAACUAUACCCGACAAUGAGGGCUUAUGAAUAUGGUUUCCGCAUGUUCACGAUCACCUAUUGCUAUGUUAUCGUAUCUGGAUAUCAAACCGGCGAAUUUCUUCAGACCGCUACAGAUAGAUUUUUACUCAUUGCCAUUGGUGCUACUGUAUCUAUUGUUGUUAAUGUGUGCAUAUAUCCAAUCUGGGCCGGCGAGGAUCUACAUAAUCUUGUCGCGCAAAAUUUCACGGGUGUUGCAACAUCGUUAGAAGGUGUCGUAAAUAACUACCUUAACUGUAUUGAAUACGAGAGGGUGUCUUCGAAAAUUCUUACGUUUCAAGCUUCUGAUGAUGUAGUUUACAGUGGAUACAGAUCAGCUGUUGAAUCUACAAGCACAGAGGAUGCAUUGAUGAGUUUUGCUAUCUGGGAGCCACCUCAUGGUCGUUACAAGAUGUUUAGAUAUCCAUGGAAAAAUUAUGUUAAAGUAAGUGGAGCACUCAGACAUUGUGCAUUUAUGGUCAUGGCUAUGCAUGGAUGUAUACUUUCUGAAAUUCAGGCUCCAGCCGACAAGAGACAAGUUUUCCGCAAGGAGCUUAAGAAUGUAGGUUCUGAAGCAGCUAACGUUCUACGUGAACUAGGUAACAAAAUUAAAAAGAUGGAGAAACUAGGCGAAGAAGACAUCCUUUUCGAAGUACAUGAAGCAGCAGAAAGGUUACAACAAAAGAUCGACAAAUAUUUUUUCUUUCAUGUAAAUGCAGAGCUGUGUGGAACCGGUAACAUGCCAAGAAACGAGAAUGGUUCUCGAGGCCUCUUACAAAUGGAUGAAGAAAGACAUUUCUUACAGUCCAAGUCACUAAGUGAAGCUGCGCUUGAUUUAGGAUCAGUUAGUUUUCCAAAAAGUUGGGAAGAGAAUCUUGUUGCACCCGACAACAUCCUUAAGCCUGCAAUUGUUGUUACCGAUGGAAACAUGCUUAGGAAACAAACAUCUAUGCCUGCACAUUUUUCAUUUCAAACUGAUCUAAAGACGAAAGUGGAAGUAUCGAAAACCUAUGAAAAUGCAAGUUCAUUAACUUUGGCAACAUUCGCAUCACUUUUGAUUGAAUUUGUGGCAAGGCUACAUAACCUUGUUGAUUCUUUUGAAGAAUUAGGUGAGAAAGCAAAGUUUAUGGACCCUCUUCAGCAACAAGAACCUGUAACUUCUGGUUGGACUAGAUUGUUUAAUUGUUUCAAAUCUAAGGAUUAACAGCUACACUUAACACUUGUGAUAUGUAUCAUGGACAGAUCCAAAUGUUGGUGUCCAAAAAUAAAAACAUGCAUUACUAAUCUAUGAAGCACGGACACACGAUGCUCUUCGGAUUAGGUGUAUCAUGGAUACUUAUGAUUACAUUGAAUUAUGUGAUUUUCUUAAA